AUGAGAAGCUGCAGAGGGAGGUUCGUCGUCGGGUUUUGGGUGAUUAUUCUUCUUGUUCCGAUUUUAGUCUCGAGUAGUAUUGAGGUUGUUGAUGAGGCUUUUGUUAAUGAAACAACAUAUGUGUCGUCCUAUUCGGAUUUGGAGUACUCUACAUUAGCAGCAGCAUCUGCUGCUCCUGAUGCAUUAAUGGUGGGACUCACUCUUAUUCAUGGAGCUGCAGCUAAAGGAGCUGUGUGUCUGGAUGGGACAUUACCCGGUUAUCACUUGCAUCGUGGAUUUGGAUCAGGGGCAAAUAAUUGGAUAGUCAAUUUAGAGGGUGGGGGGUGGUGCAAUAACAUAAGAACCUGCCGUUACCGCAAAAAUACGAACCGCGGCUCCUCAAAGUACUUCGAAAAAGAAAUUCCAUUCAUCGGGAUUCUCAGCGACAAGGCUUCGCAAAACCCAGAUUUUUUUAAUUGGAACAGAGUAAAGAUUCGUUAUUGUGAUGGAGGCUCCUUUUCCGGAGACAGCGAAAACAAGGCUGCAGGUUUGCAAUUUAGAGGGCAACGCAUAUGGCAAGCUGCAAUAGAAGACCUAAUGUCCAAGGGACUGAAAAAUGCAGACCAAGCCCUUCUCUCCGGUUGUUCGGCUGGUGGACUAUCGACUAUAUUACACUGUGACGAGUUUAGAGAUUUAUUUCCUGAGACCACCAAAGUGAAGUGCUUUAGUGAUGCGGGAUUAUUUCUUGAUGCUGUUGAUGUUUCUGGCGGGCGUACACUUAGACAUUUUUAUGCAGGUGUUGUCAGCCUGCAGGGUGUUGCUAAAAACUUGCCCAAAACUUGUCGCUUGGAUCCAACUUCGUGCUUCUUCCCGGAGAAUCUAAUCCUCAAAAUAAAAACUCCACUGUUUAUUCUCAACGCCGCCUAUGAUACAUGGCAGGUCCAACAGAGCUUGGCUCCUGCAUCAGCCGAUCCUCAUGGUACCUUUGCCUUGUGUAAAAAGAACAUCGACAAAUGUUCGCCGUCAAAUAUCAAAUUUUUACAACAUUUUAGGGAUCGUAUGCUGAAUGGAGUUAAAGGGUUAAUUGCAUAUGGGCAAAGUGGGUUGUUCAUAAAUUCUUGUUUUUCUCACUGUCAGUCUGAGAGGCAGGACAUAUGGUUCUCCAAGAACUCUCCACUCCUUGCCAACAAGGCAAUUGCAAAAGCUGUUGGAGAUUGGUAUUUCGAUCGAGCAAAUGUGAAGGAGAUCGACUGCCCGUACCCGUGCGACAAAACUUGUCACAACAUGGUUUUCCGUUGA